AUGAUUCCCGGAGGAGCUGGUGGUGGUCGUUUCCCUAGUGGCCGUGGUGGUGGACGAGGAAGGGGACGUCUGGCAAGUGGUAAUGGACGCGUUUAUGCCAACCCACCUGUUAAUGGUCGUGGUGUUCCACUCGUUGACGGUAGUGGCAUUCCGUCCGUUCACGGUGGUGGCGGUCCACCGAUUUACGGCGGUGGUGGUGGCCACCGUGGUGUCGGAAAUCAGGGGAGAGGAAAUGCCGGCAACGCCGGCGGUGGAGGUAGAGGAGGUGGGCGUGGUCGUGGACAUGGCAUAGGCGUUCUUGGUGGACAUAUGUUCAUGGACGCACUUUUCACCAGCAAGGCACGACUAAUGAUGCCGGUUCUGCAUUCUCAGAGGGAGAAUGGAGCACUGUUGUAA